UUAAACCCUCCUCUUCGGUCCUUGCUCUUUUCCCUUCCCGGAAAGGGUAGGAAGCCUUGGCGUCUCCUCCUCCUCCUCCUUCUCCUCCUCCUCCUGGAGAUUUCUUCGUCGAGGUAGCCGAAGGUUGCCCAAAGAUAGAGAACGAAGGCCGGAUCUCGGACCUGAUGAGGGUGCGCCAAUUCUUGCCGCCCGCUCAUGUUGCGGCCAUGAUUUUUUAGUGAUAUUCAGGAGGGCUGUCACUGAGAAAGAAGAAAGAUGGCCAACAAUAGAGAUGAACAUCAAAGUGAGGACUAUCUUUUCAAAAUUGUUAUGAUUGGUGAUUCUGCUGUUGGGAAGUCAAAUUUACUGGCAAGAUUUGCACGGAAUGAAUUCUAUUCAAAUUCCAAAUCCACCAUCGGGGUAGAAUUCCAAACUCAGAAGAUGCUGAUUGAUGAGAAGGAAAUUAAAGCUCAGAUUUGGGAUACUGCUGGUCAGGAACGUUUCAAGGCUGUUACAUCUGCAUAUUACAGAGGUGCAGUAGGAGCCCUUCUUGUUUAUGAUAUCAGUAGGCGUCGGACUUUCGAGAAUAUUGGUCGGUGGCUGAAUGAACUACACACACAUUCUGACAUGAAUGUCGUGGUCAUCUUGGUCGGGAACAAAACUGAUCUCAAGGAUGCAAGGGAAGUCGACACAGCAGAAGGCAAGGCCAUAGCUGAAGCCGAAGGUCUCUUCUUCAUCGAGACAUCUGCGCUCGACUCCUCCAACGUCACAGCAGCCUUCGAGACUGUCGUGAAAGAGAUCUACCACAUCUUAAGCAGGAAAGUAUUUCAAUCGCUAGCACAGAAGCGUGAGGUCUCAUCAUUAGGUAGUGGGAAGUCUGUGGUCUUGCAGGAAGGUGCUAGUGAUAUGAACAGCGGAGCCGGGGGAUUUCAGUGCUGUUCUUGAAAUGAACUGUAAAAGCUUCUUCUGAUCUUUUCUAGAAGACCUUCAGAUUCACUUAAUUUCAUUUACCUUCAAUGUAAAGGGGUAUACGUGCCAAUGUUCCUUUUCAUUUGGUACAAUGUUGAAAUGGUGUUUUGCCCUUUCGCUAUCUGAGUUGUGACAAAUCUCAGUUCAAGGUCAAACGCCAUAACAUAAAAAUUCCAAAUGGAAGCGUGAUAUUUGUAAGUCUCUAGUAGGUAUAUUCUUUCAACUUUUUCAGCUAUCAUUGCAAAAAGUUCUUGAUGUAUAUGGAUGCUUUAAAGACUUCAGUGAGUACCAAAAAGUUUUUUUAUUCUAAAA